AUGUCCUUACGUCGCAUAUGGAUGAUUUUUUGCUCAAUUUGUUUUCACACGAUUUUAAAAAAUUUCAAUAUCGACCCUAAUGAGAUUGUGUACUGGAACCCAACUGAAUGUUGUUGGGCCUCUAAUUUUGUGAUUGACCUUCGUUUCUCUGUGAGAUUGUUACGAGAACGGAUUGAAUUGGCAGAUCACGUUGUUUGUGAUGGACCAUUUGAGUGGUGUAAGGUGAUCCCGUUUAAGGUUUUAUGCUUUAUAUGGAGAGCAAAGCUGGGUAGAAUCCCAUCAGCAGUAGCACUAAAACUGAGGGGUGUUACAGGUCCAUCGAUUAUGUGUGGCUCAUGUAAUCUUGAGGAGGAGUCGAGUGAUCACAUUUUACUCAUAUGCCCAUUGGCGAAAGCUGUUAUGGACUCGAUACUUUUUUGGUGUGAAAUCUCCUAUGAUGGCUUUGAUUUAGUGAAGGAUAUGUUACUUUUCAUAUCGCGAUGGUCAAAAUGCAAAAAAGAAAAGAAAACUGUUAUAUGUGAUCUUAUGCGGAGUAUUGUGGUUCUCACCCCAGAGGUCCAAUUUGAUUCCAAUACAUCAACAAGUCAACAACAACCAAUCCAUUUGAUUCCUAAUCCACACCACCGUCUCCGCCCGAAACCACCGUCGACGAGUACAAUGAUCACUAGACCAGCUAUCACCGGAGCCGCCGCAUCAUGCUUGUUCUUUAUGCUUUCUUUAUUGUACAUCUUGUUCUCUCACACCGACCACAGUGGUUCAAGGUGGCCGUUUUUUUACAUUCCGGUUGUGGGUGUUCUGGUGGUGGGCGGAUUCUUGGUGGUUAUGGCGAGAGCCACCAUGGUGACGUUGAUAACAGUGUUUGUGAUGUUGAGUUGUGUAGGGAAACGGCGUCGUGUGCUUGUGUUGGAAGGGAAGAAGAUUUGUAGUGAAGUGGUAAUGCAUUUGUUUAAGGUUGUGAUUAAAGAGAGAAGCGUUGUGGCUAUUGCUUGUGCUGUGUUUUGCACUACGAUGGCUAUGGUUUUGGUUUGA